AUGAAAGAUAAGUACCCCAUCCCCAUCAUUGAUGAAUUACUUGAUGAAUUAGGAGGUUCCUCAUUCUUCUCAAAGUUAGAUUUUCGCUCAGACUUCCAUCAUAUAAGAAUCCAUCAGCCAGAUAUUCCAAGAACAGCCUUUCAGACUCAUGAUGGUCCUUAUGAAUUUUUAAUCAUGUCUUUCAAUUUAACUAAUGCACAUUCUACAUUCCAAAGUUUGAUGAAUGAUAUCUUCAGGCCUUACCUCUUUCAUCGUUCAUCGUUCGAAGAUCAUGUGCAUCACCUUUAUAAAGUACUUACUCUUUUGCAUGAGCAUUCUCUUUCUGUGAAAAGAGCUAAGUACAGCUUUGGGGCAACUAAGGUGGAAUAUCUUGGUCAUAUUUGUUGCUCCCGCCGCCCCCUUUUCUCCCGCGCCUUCGAUCUAUACAAGCAGAUGCAGCAGCGUCGGGGUAGCAGCAACAACAACAGCAACACCCAGGCGUGUCGGCCAUCCAUAGAGACCUAUUCGAUGCUCCUGGCUGUGGUGCUCCGUCGGAUCAGCGAGCCACCGGUCUUAUACGUGUAUCUCCACUCCGUUCGCUCGCUGGUGCGGCAGAUGAAGUCUUCGGGCAUGAUCUCGAACACCUUCGCGCUCAACCUCAUCAUCAAGGCCUAUGCACGGUGCUUGGAGAUGGAGGAGGCCAUCCAAGUGUUCAGGGAGAUGGGGCUCUACGGGUGCGAGCCCAACGAGUACUCCUACAGUUACAUCGUGCAAGGGCUUUGCCAGAAGGGCUGGUUGGAGAAGGCAUUGAACUACUUCAAUGAGAUGAGGUCGAAGGCACUAGUGCCCACGACGACUAUAUACAUGGCGAUGAUCUGCAGCCUGUCAUUGGAGCGGCUGUUAGAGGUGGCGGUCGAGGUGGUAUACGAUAUGUUGGAGAACUGCAAGGCACCGGACAUUCUGACCUACCGGACCUUGCUGGAGGAGAUAUGCAGGGAGGGGCGAUUGGAGGUGGCAUAUGAUCUGCUGGAGGAGCUCCGACGGAGGAAGGGCGCCAUGAAAGGAAGGAUGCACUCCGACUUGUUGGCCAGCCUGCACUGGGUCUGCUAG